AUGCCAAAGUUUCGUGAAAUGAAUUAUACAAGUGCAUAUGAAUAUUUGGAAAAGCGUUUUGAUCGUGCAGUACGCAUGUGUGCAUCCUUUACUUUUUCGUCUUUUAUGCUAAUCUAUAUGGCUAUUGUUUUAUAUGCUCCUGCAUUAGCACUUAGUCAAACUACUGGUUUAAAUAUUUGGCUUUCUGUCGUUUCAAUUGGUGUUAUUUGUACCUUCUAUUCAUCUGUGGGUGGUAUGAAAGCAGUUAUUUGGACAGAUGUGUUACAAGCAUUAGUCAUUCUUGUUGGUCUUCUUGCUUCGAUUAUACAAGGUUGUUUAAUAACACUUGGUGGUUUUAGAAGAGUAUUUUCAAUUGCAUACGAAGGUGGCAGAAUUGAAUUUGAUAGUAUAAGUCCUGAUCCUCGAACUCGUCACACAAUAUGGUCAUUGCUUAUCGGUGGUAGCUUGAAUGCAUUAUCAACCUACGGUUUUAAUCAAACACAAGUUCAACGUUAUAUGUGUGUUCGUUCAACACGUGGUGCUAAACAAGCAUUGUUUAUAAAUGCAGUUGGUGCUGCUAUUGUUAUUAUAUUAUCAUCAUUUAUUGGAGUUAUUCUUUAUGCAUAUUAUGCUGGUUGUGAUCCACUGACAGCUAAAAGAGUUUCUGAUGUUGAUCAAAUAUUUCCAUAUUUUGUUAUGGACGUAUUAGGUGGUAAACCAGGUUUACCAGGAGUAUUUCUAGCUUGUAUUUUUUCUGGUUCAUUAUCAACAAUAUCAUCUGGUUUAAAUAGUCUUGCAGCUGUUAUUAUUGAAGAUGUUUAUAAAGGUUUAAUGCGUCGAAAAUUAAGUGAUGAACGACAAGGUCUAAUAUCAAAAAUCUUUUCUGUUGUAUUAGGAGCUGUAGUUAUGUUAUUAACAUAUGUUGUUAGUUAUCUUGGUUCAGUUCUAAAUGCUGCAUUAUCUUUAUUUGGUGUUUUAUCUGGACCAAUAAUGGGUGUUUUUUUUCUUGGUUUCUUUUUUCCACAAGCUAAUCGUCAUGGAGGUUUAGUUGGUUUUCUAACAAGUCUUGCUUUACAAUUAUGGAUUUUUUUGGGUGCACAAAUAACAAAAAAUCAAAUGAAGAAUGUACGUUUGAACUUAACUAUUGAUAAUUGCACUGAACCUGUAAAUAUAACAACAAUAUUAACUUCAUCACCGAUAAAACGUGAUCCAUUAAUUGAUUUUUACUCUGUUAGUUAUAUGUGGUAUACACCAAUAGCUGUUCUGUCUGUUCUUAUUGUUGGUCUUACUGUAUCGUAUUUAACACGUCCACAUAAACCGAAUGAAAUCGAUCCGAAAUUACUUAUACCAAUAGGUGAUGCUUGUUGUUGUUGUUUACCCAAACGUAUUCGUGAUUUUCUUCGAUGUGGAGUUGAUUAUGAGAAUUAUUUUCAAGAAAAACAUGUUUGUAUUUAA